CUGCACAGAGACAAAGUUGCAUUGUGGGUGAAGGUCUAAUGACGUCAUCAGCUGCCGGUGUGCGAGAAUUCCCCGUCCGUCCCCAGAAAUGGCCGAGAGCCCCCCAAGAUUGUAUUGCAACUACUGCCAAGAGGAGUUAAAGUCCUUCAGUGUGAAAUGUUGCGACUGCUCCGAUGCCGAGACUUUCGAUCUUUGUUUACAGUGUUUUCGUGCUGGAGCUGAAAUCGGUACUCACAAGAGGGAUCAUGGAUAUCAGAUAAUGGAUAAUUCUCUAUUCCCUUCUGGAGGGAGAAGUAAUUGGAGCACAACAGAAGAGAACAGUUUGCUGGAUGCAAUUGAGUCAUUUGGCUUUGGAAAUUGGGAUGGAGUUGGUAACCAUGUAGGCUCCAAGACAAAAGAAGAAUGUUCUGACCAUUAUAACACUUUCUAUGUACAGGGAAAGAUUGGAAAUGCGACAUUACCGGAAACCCGUUCUGUCAACUUUAUAGACCACACAGGGCCAGUAGAUGGGCCAUUAUCUCCUACAUUAGGAUUAACAUUCAAGCCCGUUGACCUGACGAUAGCAGAGCAACAAGAACUAUGCUACAUGCCAUUAAGAGAUGACUUUGAAAGGGAAUUCGAUAAUGAUGCAGAAACUCUCAUUAGCAACUUAGCAGUAACAUCAGAGGAUGAUGAAUUAGAUAUAUCACUCAAGCUAGCUCAUGUAGAUAUGUAUUCAAAGAGAUUAAAGGAGAGAGGUAGAAGGAAAACAAUAGCUAGAGAGAAUGGUCUUAUCAACGCUGCAGUAUCAACAGCAACAACAGCUCCACCUGGACCUCCUCCAUCUUCAUCAUCACAAAAACAAAAGUCAGCUUCUCAAAAACGCAAGCCUUCCAAGGAGGAGUUAGAGUUCCGAGAGAAGCUGAGACCAUUAGUUAGAUUCAUCCCUACCACAGACCUUGAAGAAAUGUUUGAUAAUAUACAGAAAGAGAAAGAAAUUAAAUCAAGAAUAAAAGAAGUGGUCAGAUGUAGAAGAAAUGGAAUCACAAAAUUAAAAGAAUGUGAAGAGUAUGAGGAAGCCAAAGCAAAGAGAGAAAAGAGGAAAGAAAAUAAGAAAAAGUUGGCUGAAAAGACAAAGAAAGGGAACUCAAUAACUGCCAAAAAACCAGAUUCCAAGGAUGUCAAAGAAGAAGUAAAGGAGGAAAAGAUGGAUGUUAUAGAAGAUGAAUUUCCAACUCUGAGAUCAUCCCAUGGAUUCAACUACUUAUCGGAGAGGGAAAAGAAGCUCUGUUCCUCUAUGAAGAUGAAGCCAGCAAGAUAUGUCACUCUUAAAACACUCAUCAUCAAGGACCAUUACUUACGAAAACAAGGCAUUCUUCCCAAGACCCGUUACCCUGGCAACCUGCACAAGUCUCAUCGCAAGCGCAUCGCCAACUUCCUCACCAAAAAUGGCUGGAUCAAGGCUAGUUGAGAAUAAUACUUGCCCUCCCCCCUUCUCCACCAUCACUCCAAAAAUUUAAAAAACCUUGCCUUUUUGUUGUUUUUUUUUCUUCUCCAUUCAACAAAGGAUAGAUUUUGUGAUGUUAGAGUUACCAUUACAAACCAUCACUAUUUAUUGACCAUUUGCUAUCUUGUAUGUGUACAUGUACUUUCCAUGUAUGAUGUAAUUCGGGUAUUACCCUUUUGUACCUCUCAAAACUUAAACGCACAAGGCAGCCCCUGUCAUGUGCAAUUUGCUUUUACUAGUGAAUUUUUGAUCAUCGAUUGAAGGAAAACAAAAUGUUCCUUGAUUUAUCAGGGCCCAAUGUACAUGAUCGGAUGAUCAGCGGUGAUGUUCUGCCAAUUUAAGUGUAUCUAGCGAUCAGUCUUCGAUGCAAAAUGUCUAAAUUGUGCCAAAUUAGGUUUCAUGAUCUCCAUGUCAGCUCUAACUUUCGCAAUGAGUGAUUCCUUCCAUAUCAUUUACGUUAGAUGUGUGUUCACCAAGUUCCCUGAAAUUGCAAUUUCUGUUCCAAAAUCAAGUGAGAAUUGUUCACUUGACAGGGAGUAUAUGUAUUUGUAUGAGCCCUAUUAACCUACAUGUAGCUUCUUAUAUUCAGGGAUGGGAAACAGAAGGACUUAUCUCACUUUGUGAUGUUUUGUUUUUAUUAAGGUAUCAAAAUAAUCAGAUACCCCUGCAUUUCUGAAAACUAUUAAACCUUGAUUUUUGAUUCAACUGUUAAUUGCCUGUAGUAAAGUAAUGAAUGAAGGGGCUUGGUCAUUUGAGGUAUGUUAGUAGUCUAUGUACUCAAGACUCUACUUGUGCUUAUAUUUGUCCUGCCAUGAUAUGUGAAGUCUGAGAACAGAGUUAAUGUUUGACAAGUACUGGUUACAUAUCACGUUGAAGAUAUAGAUUAAUUACAAGUCAUGAUUGAUUUGAUUAGUAGUUGAUGACAAAAGCUGCUAACACUAAAUAUCUUGAAGAGAGCAAUAUAGAUAUAAAUUCAGCUGUACUCUAUUCAAGUAGGUGUGGCUGUCACAGAAGACCCUCUAACACCCCUCCCUGGAACAAUAGUUAUGCUGCUAUAAUCCUCCAGAUCAUAUGCUAUACUUUUCAUAAUUACAAGCAAAACUGAUUAUACAUUUAGCUUAUGGGCAAGUGAGAUAAAAACAAAUAUGCUGUUUGUUAGUGUGUGAUAACACAAUCCAACUACUUGUAUUACUUUUUCUUUGCCCUAAAGGAUACCAUGCAUUUACCUCUCAUAAUUCAAUUUUGACUAGGAUUUAUUGAAUAAUCCCUUGCAUUGAAUAAUAUAUUUUCAGAAAGGAGUCUGGAUUUUGUGUUAAUAUUUUUUUAAUCCAACCAGGGAACAUACUUAUAUCCACUGAAACAAGUAUAAAGUAAUUUAGCUUAAUCUACGUAGGCAACUAAUCCUUAUAUCUUAUUGCAGAAAAGGUAAUCAUUUGGAGUAAUUGCUUUCCUUCAUAUCUGGCUUUAUCCUACAAAUAUGUUUGUGCCUUGAGCCUGAAAUUAUACUUGCAGUUGAAAUUAAAAAAAUCUUCAUAAGUGAUCAGUUAAGACUUAAAGCACUGAAAGAGAACAGUAAACCACUUUCCUUUGAUAAUAUUCAACUCCCUUUUAUUUAGUUUGGGUGGGUAAUUUUACUCUUUUUCCCCCUAAUUUGUUUGCAACUUUUUAAUGGUAAGAAAGUGUACUUUUCUAGAAAAAAAAGACAGAAAUAUGCCUUCUAAUUUAACGCCUAAAUACUGAUCUCUCUUCUUGAAAAUAUUUAGUAUAUAUUUAUAUAUAUCUCUACACCAUUUUCUGGAGACAAACAUUAUUUUUAUUGAGAUGAAAGUAUAGAAUAACGUGUUCCAAUUUCCUACUGUGCCAAAGUAUUCUUUUUCUCUUGCCCAUUGCACAGUAGAUCAGUUUUGGGUGUGACCUCAUUGGCUUUAUAUCGUUCUUAUAAUGAUAAGGAGUUCACACAAGAUUAAACAUAUUUAAAAUUGAAAGGCUGGUACAAUAUCAAAGGUUAUAACAGCCAUGAUAUACUUGAAUUAGAUUAAGGGUUACAGAAUUAAUCAUAGUAGCAAUGUUUUAAAGAAAGAUAGAACAGUUGAUCCAUUGUUUCGCAAUAGACUGAUAGGUAGCAGAAUGUAUGUUCAAAAUGCUUCCAUGCUGUUUGUAAAGUGAUUACAAGGCAAAGGAAAGUUCCUGAUAAUUUUUCACAUUAAAAAUGAAAUCAUUAUUGGCGUUACUUCAAGCUAAAUGUUUCAUUAGCAUUAUCCGCAUUGUCCUAAUUCUGAGGUAUAAAAAACACAAGAUUCACAAGCUUAACUUGCAUUUACCGACUGCCAUAUGCACCUAUCUAUUGUCUGCAUUUUUAAAGGCUUGAAACCAGUGAUUAUUUUAAUAGCCUGUCUAUUCACAGGAUGUUAUUGAUAAUAAAGAUUUGCUUGAUAGUCCAAUUAAUAGGAUUUCAUGUGAUGCUCCCUUCCACUCUUGUUAGUGAGUUGAUUGUCAAUAUAAUUGGUUUUAAUCAGGAGUACAAUUGUACUCUUGUCAGGCUACAUUUACUAUGACAGGGGGUAUUUGGAGUGAAUUAGUUACAGUCUGCCCCUGUCCGUGGUUUGUGGUGAGUGAAAUCCCAAUUUGCAACAAAUUAAUCAAACCUUCCAUCCUGUCAAAGUCUGUGAAAAGAAAACAUGCUUGACUUCACGUGGUAAAAAAUAACGGAUUAGAGUGUAGACUGCCUGAUAAAAACCGAUAAAUGACUUUAUUUUUUAUCUUCAAAGGUGUUUUUAUGUGAAAAAUAACAUUAAAUCAUAAAGAGAUUGUUCACAACAUUGCAUGCAGAUGUCAAGCCCACUGGUGCAUAGAUGAUAAAUAAUAUUUUGCUCAUCUUUGAGUAAUAUUGAUUCCUUAUAAAAUACUAACUUAUAAUCAUGCAUAUGUAGGUCAGUUCACUUUUGCUUGGAAAAAGACUUAAUAUUUGACAGGAAUGUCAUGCAGGUUUUGCUAAUUUAUCAGCAAUUA